AUGGAGUCUCCCUUCCUGCCGAUGCUACUGCUGCUGGCAGUGCUGUGGACCCAGGCGGCCGCCUUGAUUAACCUUAAAUACUCAGUAGAAGAGGAACAGCGCGCCGGGACGGUGAUCGCUAACGUGGCCAGGGAUGCGCGGGAGGCAGGCUUCGCGAUGGAUCCGCGGCAAGCUUCUACGUUCCGUGUGGUGUCCAACUCAGCUCCGCACCUGGUGGACAUCAACCCCAGCUCAGGUCUGUUGGUCACCAAGCAGAAGAUCGACCGAGACCUGCUGUGCCGCCAGAGCCCCAAGUGCAUCAUCUCGCUAGAGGUUAUGUCCAGCUCAAUGGAGAUCUGUGUGAUUAAGGUGGAGAUCAAGGACCUGAACGACAAUGCUCCCAGUUUCCCGGCUGCACAGAUUGAGCUGGAGAUCUCUGAGGCAGCCAGUCCCGGCACGCGCAUCCCACUGGACGGCGCUUACGAUCCUGACUCGGGCAGCUUUGGUGUGCAGACCUAUGAGCUCACUCCCAACGAGGUCUUUGGCUUGGACAUAAAGACGCGGGGUGACGGUUCGCGCUUUGCCGAACUCGUAGUGGAGAAGAGCCUGGACCGCGAGACAGAGUCACAGUACAACUUUCGCAUCACGGCAUUCGACGGAGGCGACCCACCCCACAUGGGCACAGUUGGCCUCAGCAUCAAGGUGACUGACUCUAAUGACAACAACCCGGUGUUUGGAGAGUCCACCUACUCAGUGAGUGUGCCUGAAAACUCACCUCCCAAUACACCUGUCAUCCGCCUAAAUGCCAGCGAUCCAGAUGAGGGCACCAAUGGCCAGGUGAUCUACUCCUUCUAUGGCUAUGUCAAUGACCACACACGUGAACUUUUCCAAAUUGACCCACACAGCGGCCUAGUCACUGUCACCGGAGCGCUAGACUAUGAAGAGGGCCAGGUGUACGAGUUAGAUGUGCAAGCCAAGGACUUGGGGCCCAACUCUAUCCCCGCACAUUGCAAAGUCACCGUCAACAUACUGGACACUAACGAUAACCCGCCAAUUAUCAACCUACUGUCGGUCAAUAGCGAGCUUGUGGAGGUGAGCGAGAGCGCCCCCCCGGGCUACGUGAUUGCCCUGGUUCGGGUGUCUGAUCGCGACUCAGGUCUCAAUGGACGUGUGCAGUGCCGCUUGCUGGGCAAUGUACCCUUUCGUCUUCAGGAGUAUGAAAGCUUCUCCACUAUCCUUGUUGAUGGACGGCUGGAUCGCGAGCAGCACGAACAGUACAAUCUUACAAUUCAGGCUCGAGACAACGGCGUGCCCAUGCUGCAAAGUGCCAAGUCCUUUACUGUGCGCAUCAAUGAUGAGAAUGACAACCACCCACACUUCUCCAAGCCUUACUACCAAGUCAUUGUACAGGAGAACAACACUCCUGGCGCCUAUCUGCUCUCUGUCUCUGCCCGCGACCCCGACAUGGGUCUCAAUGGCAGUGUCUCCUACCAAAUUGUGCCAUCACAGGUGCGAGACAUGCCCAUCUUCACCUAUGUCUCCAUCAAUCCCAACUCUGGUGAUAUCUAUGCGCUAAGAUCCUUCAACCAUGAACAGACCAAGGCAUUCGAAUUCAAGGUGCUGGCCAAGGAUGGCGGCUCUCCCUCGCUGCAGAGCAAUGUCACAGUGAGGGUUAUCAUCCUCGACGUCAAUGACAAUACCCCAGUAAUCACCGCCCCACCCCUGAUCAAUGGCACUGCUGAGGUCUAUAUUCCUCGAAACGCCGGCAUAGGCUACUUGGUGACUGUAGUUAGGGCAGAUGAUUAUGAUGAGGGUGAAAAUGGCCGAGUCACCUAUGACAUGACAGAAGGUGACCGCGGUUUCUUCCAAAUAGACCAGGUCAAUGGAGAAGUCAGAACCACUCGCACCUUUAAUGAAAACUCCAAGCCUUCCUAUGAGCUGAUAGUGGUGGCCCGUGACCAUGGCAAAACGUCUCUUUCUGCCUCUGCCCUUAUCCUAAUCUACCUGUCCCCGGCUCUUGAUGCCCAAGAGUCAAUGGGCCCUGUGAACUUAUCCCUGAUUUUCAUUAUUGCUCUGGGCUCCAUUGCUGGCAUCCUCUUUGUCACUAUGAUAUUCGUGGCAAUCAAGUGCAAGCGUGACAACAAAGAGAUCCGGACCUACAACUGCAGUAAUUGUUUAACCAUCACUUGUCUCCUCGGCUGUUUUAUAAAAGGACUAAACAGCAAGUGUCUGCAUUGCGUCUCGGUUUCUCCCAUUAGCGAGCAGCAAGACAAAAAGGCAGAGGAGAAAGUGAGCCUAAGGGGAAAGAGAAUCGCUGAAUACUCCUAUGGGCAUCAAAAGAAAUCAAGUAAGAAGAAAAAAAUUAGUAAGAAUGACAUCCGCCUUGUACCUCGGGAUGUGGAGGAGACAGACAAGAUGAAUGUUGUCAGUUGCUCCUCCCUUACUUCGUCCCUCAACUAUUUCGACUACCACCAGCAGACACUACCCCUGGGCUGCCGUCGCUCUGAGAGCACUUUCCUGAAUGUGGAGAACCAGAAUACCCGAAACACUACUGCCACCCACAUCUACCACCACUCCUUCAACAGCCAGGGUCCCCAGCAGCCAGAUCUGAUCAUCAAUGGUGUGCCCCUGCCUGAGACUGAAAACUAUUCCAUUGACUCUAACUACGUGAACAGCCGUGCCCAUUUGAUCAAAAGCAGCUCCACCUUCAAGGACCUGGAGGGCAACAGCCUGAAGGAUAGUGGACACGAGGAGAGCGACCAGACUGACAGCGAGCAUGAUGUCCAGAGGAGCCUGUACUGUGAUACUGCUCUGAACGAUGUGCUGAAUGCCAGUGUGACCUCCAUGGGAUCUCAGAUGCCCGACCAUGACCAGAAUGAAGGAUUUCAUUGCAGGGAGGAAUGCCGGAUUCUUGGCCACUCUGAUAGAUGCUGGAUGCCUCGGAAUCCCAUGCCCAUCCGUUCCAAGUCUCCUGAGCACGUGAGGAACAUCAUCGCUCUGACCAUUGAAGCUGCUGCUGAUGUUGAGGCUUAUGACGACUGCGGCCCCACCAAGCGGACAUUCGCAACCUUUGGAAAAGAUGUCAGCACCCACCCGGCUGAGGGGCGGCCUAUCCUGAAAUUCAAGAGGACUGUCGAUGUGACCAUCUGCAGCCCCAAAGUCAACAGCGCUAUCCGGGAGGCAGGCAAUGGCUGUGAGGCUAUUAGCCCUGUCACCUCCCCACUGCAUCUCAAGAGCCCUCUGCCUACCAAGCCUACUAUGUCUUACACGGUCGCCCUGGUUCCUCCAGCUCGUGAUCUGGAGCACCAUGCCAACAAUGGCGCCUCUCGUCCUUCUGAAGCUGAACCCCGUGGAGCCGACAGUGAGAAAGUCAUGCAUGAGGUCAAUCCUAUUCUGAAGGAAGGGCGUGACAAGCAAUCUCCUGUCGUGAAGCGUCUGAAGGAUAUCAUUCUGUAAACCCAUCUGGGGAAGAAGAAAGAAAAAAAAAUCACACUGGCUAGGGGAAGGUGCAGCAUCUACUCAUUUUACUCACCACUGGUUGGUUCUUGAGUGGCUGCACUGUAACGAUUUCCCUAAAUGUAUUGUGUAUAAGUGACUAUCAAUUCCGUGACAAUCCCUCUCGUUUCAACAGGCAGCAGGGGUGUUCAGUUGGAGCAAAUUAGCUUUGGCUUGAGUUGUUCAUGGGGCCUUGAUGUUGGGGAAACAGAGGCAAAUUUAGUUGUGAAAAGUAUUA